CAUCCAUCCAUCCUGCGCCUUGGCAAACGCGCCAUGGAGAAGAGCCCAGUCAUCGCCAAGGUGCUGGCCAGAUAUCCAGACCUGGCGCCCAGCUCCCUGAAUUUUCCGCCCGACGCCGCGGAGUGGAGCGAGAAGGAGGUGGACCUCUUUGUAGGCAGUGCUGGCUUUAUCAAGCCCAAGAGGCCGAAGGCAGCCAAGCCUGCAGGCCAGGCAGCUCCUGCUUAUGCGGAGGUGAAACCGCCAGCGGCAACCGCGGCGGCAGAUUCCGCAGCUGAGGAAGCUGUACCCGUCAAAACGCCAGCGGCUCCAGCAGCGCCAGUGGUGUCAACGCCGGCGGACGCAGGCACAGCACCUUCGGAGGAAGCCGUGCUACCCGAGCUGCCCCUCACUCGCUGGCACAAGGACGCCUACUGGGCGCCCUAUGCCACCUACAUGGAGGAUGUUGGGGAGAAGGGCCUUCGCUUGGUGGCCGCGCUGAACAAGUGCGAGCGCUUUCGCAACGUGGGCCUUAAGAAGGGCGCCGGCUUCAACCUGAACACCCUCAAAGAGCGCUUUGGCGCUGGCAUCUUGCUCAGGGAGUUCGCGCUGGAGAUGGUGGCGAAAGACAUUCCGAGCGGCAUCAUGUCGAUGCUUUGGGUCUCCCUUCGCCUGGAGUUGCCGUGCUCGCCCUUUAUGCCCAUGUAUCAAGUCAUGGUUCCGGAGGGCAGCAGCGAGGUGGUGUGCAAAGGCGUCUUCGGCAUGCUGAUGUUGAACACGGCUACCAUGAGUGUGCUGGAGGACGGAAGCAUCUAUGAGAAGGUGGCCGCUCCUCUGCGCAGCGCCUUCGGCUUGAAGAAGCCAGACGGCAAGGAGGGCGUGCCCAAGUUCCCCCGUAUCUACCCCACACGGGGCUCACCCUUUUCUCCUACGCAUGGGGACCUUGCGUGGCACCAGCAGCUGGAAAGGCAGUUGCUGUGCACCAGCUACACCAUUAUGCCCAGCGACUGCGACAUGUACCGUGUGAUUUUCCACCCGCAGAUGGUGAGCGUCUGCGAGAAGGUGAACUACGCCGUAGGCGCCCCUUUCUGCAGAGAGCCCGCGGUGGCCAUCUACGCCAAUCUGGCGAAGCCAGCAGGCGUAGACGACUGCUUCGAUGUGCGGAUUUUCGUGGAGGCGGUUGCUGGGCAGUUCCGAGUGCUGUACCUUUUUACCGCCAAGAGUGCGCCGGGCGGCGGAGUGAUGGCAGCCUUCCUGGUUUACGGUUCGCCGCCGGGGGCUCUUUUCUCAGAGGACGUCAGCGCCUGUGCAGCCACCAAGUUCAAAAGCCUCGAGGCUUUUGCGGGCGCCUCCUCCGUCUGCGCGGCGGCGGACAAAGUGCUGGACCUAACCAGAUCGACGUGAGACCGGAAGUAGCUUUCCGUAUUCCUUGGGUCAGUGCUCAACGAGUGAAAGGCUGCUCGGUUGCAAGUGAUCAAGGCCGAUGGAGCUUGAAGCUCGCCACAAUGGCAUAGACGAAGACUCUCAC